ACGGGACCCAACCGUUCAUCUUGGCCCCCAAGUACCCGCCCUAGCCCCCCUCCCCCUCCCCCUCCUGCCUGCCCUUACAAAACCCUAAUUUCCGAUCUGAGCCGCCCCGGCACCCAACCAAUAAAAAGAAUUCCCCAAUUAUUGUUUGCAAAAAACGCCUUCACUUCCCCCUCCCCCUCAGAAGAAUUCCCUUGGAAAAAUCAUUUUGGUAGUGGGGGGCGGAGACCACAUAAUACUUCCAUUUACCCCCCUUUUGCGCAAAAAAAAAUAAAAAAAAAAAUAAAGGCGAAAUCCAGCGUAGCGUUUCCGACGUAUAAAGUCAAAAGAUAG